GUUAAUCUCUUUUUCUUUUCGUGCUGAGCCUGCGUGCUACUUGGGCAACUUAUUAAAUUUUUAAUACAUAUAAUGGCAGUUGGAGACGUUAAAACUGCUCAAGGUCUGAAUGACCUGAACAAAUAUUUGGUCGAGAGAAGUUAUCUUUCAGGAUACACUCCCUCUCAAGCCGAUGUUCAGGUAUUCGAACAAGUCGGCAAAGCGCCGGCAGCCAGCUUGCCACAUGCCCUUCGCUGGUACAGACAGAUUUCAUCAUACACACCCGCAGAGCGUAAAGCUUGGCCCGCUGGUCAGAGCCCAUUGACAGCAGGCGGCAAACCUACCACUGCAGCACCUCCAGCUAAGGAUGACGACGAUGACGACGUCGACUUGUUUGGUUCCGACGAGGAAGAAGAUGCUGAAGCUGCAAAGAUCAGAGAGCAGCGUCUCAAAGCUUAUGCUGAUAAAAAGUCUAAGAAGCCUGCUCUCAUUGCAAAGUCCUCUAUUAUCCUUGAUGUUAAACCUUGGGAUGAUGAGACAGACAUGAAAGAAAUGGAAAAGCAAGUUCGUACUAUUGAAAUGGAAGGUCUGUUAUGGGGUGCAUCUAAACUUGUGCCUGUUGGUUAUGGUAUUAACAAACUACAAAUCAUGUGUGUCAUUGAGGAUGAUAAGGUUUCAGUGGAUCUUCUAACAGAACAAAUCCAAGAAUUUGAGGACUUUGUACAGUCUGUAGAUAUUGCCGCAUUCAACAAAAUCUAAAUGAAGCCAUAAUUUAAUAAGUUUAAUUUUCAAUAAAAUCACUUUAUUAUUC